AUGAGUUUGGAGACAUAUACUUACUACCCAGAUGUCAGUGUUCAAGAGCGAGAGCAUGUUUUUGAGCAGCGAACUGUGUUAAGACAACUUGAGUCAAUAUUAUCAAUUCACAAAUUGUCAAGACUUGGGAAUCACAUUGAUGCUUUAAGGGAGGUUGCUAAACUUCCAUUUUUGCCUCUAGAUCCUCGAGAACCUGAUACUUCUGUUGAUGUGUUUGAAAAUUUAUCUCCUCAUGUCCAAGCUUGUAUACCAGACCUCUCGGAGAGGAAUUGGCCUCGUGAUUUGCAUGAAAGAGUUGCUUGA